UUUUACUUGCUGCAAUUGACAUGGUGGAUGCCAAUUCAAAAUCUGGAGGAUACAUUGUCUACUCGACCUGCUCGAUAAUGGUGUCUGAGAACGAAGCAGUUGUUGACUAUGCACUCAAGAAGAGAGAUGUUAAACUUGUGCCUUGCGGGCUUGACUUUGGGUGUCCAGGAUUUAUCCGGUUUAGGGAACAACGCUUCCAUCCGUCUCUAGAAAAGACGAGGCGUUUCUACCCUCAUGUUCAUAACAUGGAUGGAUUUUUUGUUGCAAAG